AUGAAUACUGCCAAUAUGCCUUUGGGCGCUGUGAAUUGUGUAAAUUUGCUUGGAACAAAAUUAUUUGGAACAAUUAAUCAAGCUAGUAAUUUAUUUCCAGCCUUUUCUAGAGGAGUUCAGUGUACAUGCAAUGCUUUGAUGUCCAUCAUUUUGCAAAAUGCAUCUACCUCUUCAGAACUUGAUGAAGUGCUGUUAGCAGGAGAUGAUUUGUAUAGAGUCAGAGUUGCAGAAUUACAGUCAACUGUUCAAUUUGUUUCUAAAAUGCUACAAUUUCAAGAACUUCCUAAGUCUGUUUUUGUGCAUGGUAAUGAGUAUGACAUUUGCUAUUUUGAAGAAAUCUAUGGAACGGUGAGUCAUAUGGAUUGGAAUAACUCAAGUCAAAAUAAGAAUUUGAAGGAAGGCAUUGAGCAGCUCUUUGCAAGAUACAAUCAAGGCUUAAUUAUAGUUGGAGGAAUUUGUUCUGCAAUAUAUGUUGAUGAUAAGAACUGUCCUGUAUUUUUUGAUUCACAUUCUCACGGACAAGAUGGUCUUUCACGUGCAGAGGGUAAAGCUGUAAAAAUCACUUUUAGUGAUCAAGAUCAACUUGUGGACUACCUUUUCGCAUUUUAUCAGAGUUGUAAUAUUUCAAUGAUAAGCCAGUUUGAGAUUCAACCAGUGUCUGUAACUCGAAAAACAAGUGAGUCCAAUUCAAGAAGUGAAAGACGUUCUUUAAUUGAUAAGUACUUUGAGUUCCAAGAAAGCAUGUCUACAAAAUAUAAUAUUUCUGAACCAUCACAAAAAAACCGAAAUGAAUAUAUGAGAAAUUAUAUGCGAAAAAGAAGGGAAAACACUGAAAUAACUCGGAAGGACAGGGAAAGCACCUUAAGAAGUAUGACCAAAACAAGACAAAGUAAUGAAUUUAAACUAAAAGAACUUGCUCUCAAACAAAGUGUCAGAGAAAAUCAAGAGACAAAGCUCAAGGAGAGAGAAAGUGCCUUAAAAAGUAGGAAGAAGGCAAGACAAAGUGAACAAUUUAGGGAGAAAGAACUAGCUUCAAAAAAAAGAGUCAGAGAAAAUCCAGAAACAAAGCUCAAGGAGAGAGAAAGUGCCUUAAAAAGUAGGAAGAAGGCAAGACAAAGUGAACAAUUUAGGGAGAAAGAACUAGCUUCAAAAAAAAGAGUCAGAGAAAAUUCAGAAACAAAGCUCAAGGAGAGAGAAAGUGCCUUACAAAGUAUGCAGAAGGCAAGACAAAGUGAAGAAUUUAGGGAGAAAGAACUAGCUUUAAAAAAAAGAGUCAGAGAAAAUCCAGAAACAAAGCUCAAGGAGAGAGAAAGUGCCUUACAAAGUAAGCAGAAGGCAAGACAAAGUGAAGAAUUUAGGGAGAAAGAACUAGCUUUAAAAAAAAAAGUCAGAGAAAAUCAAGAGACAAAGCUCAAGGAUAGAGAAAGUGCCUUAAAAAGUAGGAAGAAGGCAAGACUAAAUGCUGAAUUUUGUUUAAAAGAAAGGGAAGCAAAGAAAAGGAAAAGAGACAAUGUAGAGCAGCUUGAGAAGGAACGGCUAUCUAAACAGCAAAGUAGAAGAAAUUACCGAGAAAAAGAAAGAGAAAAUGAAAGAGUUUCUAAAGCUAAAAAAAGGCUUGAUACAGAAUUUAAAGAUCACGAAAACAAAUUAUUGAAAAAAAGGUGUCAUGGUAAUUCUUUGGAAGAAUGCAUAGAAAAAUUCCACGAAGAAGUUAAAAUUGGCCCAAUUUAUGUGUCUCUGAAGGAUGAAAAAAUCCCAAGACUUUCAGUUAAAAAUGGAAUGAAAUGGCCUGACAAACCAGAUGCUUUAAAUUUACAUCCACUGGAAGAAAGGUUGAUAUCACAACGGAUACCAUUUAUGCAAAUAAGAGAGUUACCAAGAGGAGGGCAGAUGUCAGUCAAAGGAAAUGUUGUAAAUGUUCCAGUUGAUAUUCAGCCAACUGUAAAUGCCCUGCCACGACAAAUAGAUGAGCAUGUGACUAUAGCUGUGAAAUUAAAGAAAAGAUUAUCCCACAAAUCUGCAUGCUUUACAGAAAAUGUUCGUCCCAAUGUGGUGAUAAAUGCUUUAGAAUGGCUAAUGAAAAAUAGUGAAUUGUAUAAAAAUUCAGGUAUAGUGAUCAACCAUUCUUGGAGAGAUGAAAUUGAAAAAAGUAAUGAGGAAACAGUACAAGAACUGAUAGGAUCUUCAAAUGAUAGUGAUGAUCGUGAGACUGAAGGAAAUGAUGAUGGUUUUUGUGAAGUUUCCUCAGAUGAUUGCAUUCAGGGCAAUUCUGAUACCCUUGUAGAUGAAGCAGAUAUUGAUACAAAUAAACUCUAUGUGUUUGCCCCUGGAGAAAACCAAAAACCAAUAAGUUUAUUUACAGAUAAAGAUGCUGAAUAUCUCUGUUUUCCAACAAUAUUUUGUGGUAAUCGCAGAGUUGAAAGUGAAGAAAGAGACGUUCCAGUACACUACAGUGAUAUCGCAAAAUGGGAGUUGCGCAGUGUGGAUAGACGAGCCGCACAAUCUGUACCUAACAUCUUUUUUAAAUUAAAGAAAAUUCAAAUUAAGCAAGUUAGUGACAAAGUUAACUUGGCACUGAGAAGAUGUAAAUCAGACGGUAAGAAAAUUACUGCAGAACAAGUUUUAAAUCCAGCCUCUGCGGAAAAAAUUGUGAGAUUAAAUGAAGGGUAUUAUAUUUUCAGAACACUUCGAAAUUCUCCUGCAUAUCUUUCAUCUAAAAAGAAAGAUGUAUUUGCCAUGAUAAGGCAGUUGGGUCUUCCAACAUGGUUUAUUUCUCUCUCAUCAGCUGAUACCAGAUGGCAAGAUCUGCUUAAAACAUUGGCAACUCUAGAUGGAAAAACCCUGUCACAAGAAGAAUUAGAGGAUUUGAAUUGGAGUGAAAAAUCAAAACUAGUUAAACAAGAUCCAGUGACAUGUGCUAGAUUCUUUGACAACAGAGUUCAACUUUUCAUAAACACCGUUCUUAAGAGUCCUCACAAUCCUCUAGGUGUUGUCACUGAUGUGUUUCGAAGGGUAGAAUUCCAAAACCGAGGUUCGCCACAUAUUCAUAUGCUGGUAUGGACAAGUGAUGCUCCAAAGCACAAAGAAAAUAGCAAUGAGGAAAUUGAAGCAUAUGUAGAUAAGUAUGUCACAUGUGGUUUGCAGGAAAAUAAUCCUGAAAUGAAGCAGUUUGUCGAUCUUCAAGUACAUAAGCACUCAAAAACAUGCAGAAAAGGUGGUAGGUCUAUAUGCAGAUUUGGAUUUCCUUUGCCACCUUUGCCCAAAACCAUGCUUCUUGAGCCCUUGGAUGUUGAUGUUGAACAUUAUAGAAAGAUGUAUUCUGAUAUUCAGAAGAAAAUGAAUGAUUACAAAGAUGGUUGCAGUUUAGACUAUGAUUCCUUCUUAGAGACUGUUGUAGAAAUGUGUGAAGAUGAGUAUAUAAAAUGUAUUCGAGCUUCCUUGAAAGGCCCAAAAGUGUUUCUGAAGAGGAGUCCAUCUGAAAUGAGAGUGAAUUACUAUAACUCAACAGUGUUGAAGGCUUGGAAUGCUAACUUAGAUAUUCAGUUUGUACUUGAUCCUUAUGCAUGUGCCACAUACAUUGUUGCUUAUAUCAGCAAAUCUCAGAGAGGAAUUAGUGCAAUGCUUGAUAAGGCAUCUCAAGAAGCAGCAGAGGGAAAUAUGGAUCUUAAGCGACAAGUUCGACAUAUUGGAAACAAGUUCUUAAACUUUGUUGAGGUCAGUGCACAAGAAGCAAGUUACUUAAUCCUUCAGAUGCCACUUACACAAGCAAGUAGAGAGGUUGUUUUUAUCAAUACUUCUCCACCUGAAGACCGAGUUUUCUUACUCAAACAUCAAGAUGAAUUAAAUGAGUUACCCAAGGAUUCAACUGAUAUUAAGGCAGAUAGUAUGAUACAAAGAUAUGCAAGAAGACCAAAACAGCUAGAAAAUUGGUGUUUAGCUGAUGUUGUUUCUGAAUUGGAAGUGACUUUCCCAAAAGAAAUCAGAAAAGAUUUACAAGAGGAAGUGAAUGAUGAUAACCCAGAAGACAGUUCUCAAGAAACUUUUACUGAUCAGGAUGUGUUAGUUCAUUUGAAAAAUGGGAUUAAGAUCAGAAGACGAAAAAACAAACGAGUUAUUAGAUAUGUAGGCUACAGCCAAAAAACAAAUUCUGAACAGUAUUACAGAGAAAGAAUUCUUCUUUUUCUGCCAUGGAGAAAUGAGAAUGCUGACCUACUUGGUAGUCAUCAAACUUAUGAACAGCACUACAGUCAAAAAGCAAGUAUAAUACAAAUGAAGCAAAGGCAGUAUGAACAUUUUGUGGAUGAAUUAGAACAAGCUCGACUUCAAGCUGAAGAAGAUCUGGAUAAUAUGGAGACAGUAGCACCAAAUACAGAACAUACUGAGGCAGAAGAUGCAGAGAUAGGUUCUGAACCAUCUGAGGAAUUUGUUCAUUUUGAUCCUGAUACAGUUCAACACAGAGAUUUCGAUAUUGGACCAGAACUUGGAUUGUCCUCAAAAGUAACUGAAACAGAAAUGAGUGCUGUCCGCAUUCCUGAUGAGCAGUAUUAUAAACUUUUGCAAUCCCUGAAUACUAAGCAGAGGGAAUUUUACAAUCAUGUAACAAACUGGAUUCAAACCAGAGAUGAACCAUUAUAUGCUUUUCUAACUGGUGGAGCAGGAGCAGGAAAAUCAGUGGUUAUUGAUGCCAUUUUUCAAACAUUACACAGAAUACUGUACUCAAAAGAAGGUGAAAACCCUGAUGAUACCAGAAUAUUACUUUGUGCUCACACUGGCAAGGCUGCAUACAACAUCAAAGGGACUACUAUUGCAUCAGCAUUUCACAGAAAAAUGUAUCAAACUCAGCAGCACAUGAGUGCAGAUGAACUGAACUCAUUUAGGACAAAGUAUCGGAAUUUGUCAGUUGUGAUAAUAGAUGAAAUUUCAAUGGUUGGAAAUAAUAUGCUGUCAUUUAUAAAUGAUAGACUUCAACAACUUACUGGGAGAAAACAAGAUUUUGGUGGUAUUAGUAUCAUAGCUGUAGGUGACUUGUAUCAGUUGCCACCUGUUGGAGACAAGUGGAUUUUCAAAGAUCUUUCUAAUCCUGGUCAAAGUUUAGCAAGCAAUUUGUGGCAUGAACAUUUCUAUAUGCAUGAACUAACUGAAAUUAUGAGACAAAAGGAUGACCUCAGAUUUGCAGAAGUGUUAAAUAGACUUCGUGAAAACAAGAUGACAGAAGAAGACAAAGAACUCAUUUCUCAACGUUUCAUCAGGCAAGACUCUCAAGACUAUCCCAAGGAGGCACCUCAUCUGUUUAUUGAGAACAAGUUUGUCGAUUGUUUUAAUAACAAUCUAAUAGAAAACCUUUCAACAAAUAAAGUAAAUGUAAGAGCAGACACAGAUGUGUUAUCACAGACAAAACUUUCUGCAUCAGUGAAAUUGAAACUAGUUCAAAACUUGCCUGAAAACCCAGCAUCUACUGGACAAUUAAGAACUAAUUUGGUUAUUGCUGUAGAUAUGCUAUAUGACAUAUCAGUAAAUCUCGAUGUUACAGAUGGAUUGACAAAUGGUGCUUCCUGCGUUGUGAAAUACAUUGAAUAUAAAGAAUCACAAUUAAGGCCUGCCAUAGUAUGGGUACUGUUUGCUGACUCAAGUAUAGGUAUUUCACGAAGACAUCAAUACAGGCAUUUGUUUAGCACAAAUAUUAAUACUGCAUGGACUCCCGUAUUUGAAGCUAAAAGAACAUUUGUUUAUAACAGGAAAACAUAUGAGAGAGUUCAGUUUCCACUGCAACCAUCUGCUGGAAAAACAAUCCACAAAGCACAAGGAGCAACUCUUUCAAAGGCAGUAAUCAGCUUAGCACAGACAAAGCAGCGAAAAAUUCCUCAUAUACAUUAUGUUGCACUUUCAAGAGUAAGGUCACUUGAUGGUCUGUUCAUUCUGGAUCUCAAUGAAAAAAGUCUUUCAAAAGAUGAAACGGUUGAUAAAGAGAUGCAAAGGUUAAGAGAAAAUAGAUUGCAACUCUCGUAUACUCCACUAUACUCGGUAUGUAAAGACAUAAAAUUUUUGUUCAACAAUGCCAGAUCUCUACACAAACACUUCGUUGAUAUAAAAUCGGAACCAAGUGUUUUGGCUGCAGAUGUUAUUGGUAUAGCUGAAUCUUGGCUUUGUGAAUUAGAUUCUGAUGAAGACUUUAGUUUAGAGGGUUUUACAAUGUUCAGGAAUGAUGCAAGUUCUUCCAAGAGCAGACCACAUCAUGCUUGUUUUCUGUAA